CUUGGAGUAACUAUAAAACUAAGGUAAAGUUUAAAGAGAAGUCAACAAAGCCAUAAGCACUGAAGGAGCGUGUGUGGUCAUUGAACAAUAUUAAAAUGCCUUUCCACGUUGCCACUCGAGCCGACGACGUUGAUAAACACGAAUUUGAUGUCAAUCAAUUAAUCUACCAUAAAGGAAAACUCUACUCUGCUGGUGACGAUGGCAAGAUCAAAAUGUGGGCGCCUGAUUUGAAGUUUCUCAAUGAAGUGCAAGCUCAUCCCUGCUCUAUUUUGUCAAUUACAGCUGACGACAAUGCUAUUUACUCUUGUUCAAACGAUGGUACGGUCAAAAGUUGGGAACUCGAAACUCUCAGAAAGAAAAAAGUUUUUCUUGAAGACAAAGAAGUCGAAUUUUGGAAAGUAAAAUACGAUAAAGGAAUCUUGUAUAUUGGCGACAACCAAGGCAAUGUGAGGAUGUACAUAAACAGCGGGAUGUUCUAUGGGUCGAUCAAUGUGGCAAAUCCGGUUAAAGACUUGGCCAUCAAAGAUAAUGUCAUAUUUACAACCAAAGACAACGAUGUUAUUGUCACAAACAUGAAUUUGCAAGGGGAAAAACCGCAAUUUGGAAUAAUGGCCACAAUCAUGGGGCGAGGUCCAUUAGCAUUGGUUGACAACAAAGUCAUAUUUAUGAGUCGGGAUGGAAAAGACAUUAUUGUAAAUAAGAUUCACGAACAACAACACUUAAAAUUAUUUGCAAAAAUUGCUGGAGCCCACGAUAUGAUUGUUAAUGGUGCUACUGCAGUUAAUUGGGAUGGUAACUCAUGGUUAUUUACAGCAGGUUGGGAUAAAGUAAUAAAGCAGUGGAAGGUCGCGAAUGAUUCUCUUAAAGCUGAUGGUUUCUGCAAUAUUGAUUUUAUUGUCAACACAAUGGUUUAUGGUGAUAAAGACCAAAUCUAUGCUGCUGGAGGUGACGGUCAUCUUGCUCGUCUCGAUCUUUAAAUUUUUUUAUUAUUAACCUUAAUGUUGUUUUUGCAAUUUUUUAGUAUUUUAUAUGUGUUUUUUGUAAUUCCAUUACUGAAUAAGAUUUAAUCAAUUUACGAGUGUAUUGUGUGUAUGUAAAGUGUCAAGGUAAACAAAACUCAUUUUCUUAUGCCGAA